CUGCUUGUUUUUAUUUUUUAAAGUUUUAAAUAAACAAACUUCGAUUGUGAAGUAAUCAUAACGUACACGCAGUGGUUUGCAUUUGAUAUGGAGGAUCAGGGUAAGCGGUGUAGAAGUACGAAGGCCGAUUUAGCUAAGGCAAUGUUCAAUCUGGACGCGGCCAAGUCCUGGAAGAGUCUUUCCAAAACGAAGAACGUCUCGGAUUCAAUUGUCUGCGAUAACUGCAAAAAGAUGUUCGCCAACAACGAUUCGCUGUAUAUGCAUCUGAAGUACUGCAAAGAGAAGCAUACUAAAGGCAUCCCGGAGAGGACGACCAAAGUCGUGAAGAAGGUGGUUACCGAGAAGAAGGUGACAGAGAGGAGGAGGAUUGCCGCUGCAAACUACACUUGCUACGCGUGCGUUGCGCCCUUCGACGAUGAGACCCAGUAUUUCAAGCACAUGAGCAAAUUCCGGUACAGUUGCUCAUCCUGCGACUGCCAUUUCGAUAACCGUCUGGACCGAAAGCUGCACUACUGCAUCGGCUUUCUCAGAAACCUUUAAUUGCAGAUUUCCACUUUCAAUCCAAAUCAUAAUUUUUAAGAUAACAACUGUAUUAUGUUGACUCAUACUUAUAUA